AUGCGUCCGCUACCGAGGCGAACGACGCCGUUCAAGAGACGUUCCAUCUCACCAGAGACGGAAGCAGAACGGGAGGCAAAGCGACUCCACAUUGAGAGUCAUCGUUUUGACGAGCCCGAGUUCCAAGCGAUUGUGAAGGAAGAAGAGCCAUCGGACGAAAUCAUUUAUGAUGCUCCAUUCGCAAAUGCACAGGCUCGACGCUCCAGCAGGCAGAAGCAAGCAAUUGAUGGUCAUGCCUCUGAUCUGGAAAUGUCAUUCCAGGUGCUGGCAAACUUGUAUUAUGCUCAUCUUGAUGAAAGUAAUCUGGUUCAAGGGGCGUUCGUCACCGUUCGGGACCGACGAAGGGAGCUCAUCUGUGACACCUCUUCAUCCACAGCCCGCAAGACGAAAAUUGAACAAUGGCUAGCAGAAUCGUUCCGGUCACUGAACUUACCGGAGCACAAUCUGGAAAUGAUAGGUUCCGCGCUGCGAAAAGCAGAGCUCUCUCACAUAAUCCCUCAGUGGAUGGCAAAAUUUGGCGCCAACGAGUUCCGUGCUGCUGUACAAUUGUUGCAAGACGUGGACGCCAGUGGCGAGCACGGCGUGGCAGAUGUCGUUCAACUACUUCGGGAACAGAAAGAAUCUGCAAAGUCGGCAGAACCAAUGGUGCUACCUUCGCCAAGGUCGAUCACCCCAAGCAGGACUCCUGAAGCUACGAAAACUCCCAAGUCCGGCAAAACCGUCGCCAGGUUGAAGUCUAGAGCCAAAGUCGACCCUGGAAAAGUGCAGCAAACUCAAUGUGGUCAAUCUGCAAAUGCAGACGCAAGCUCCAAGGACAGAAGAACCACAGACCAGCAGCUUGAAGGGAAUCGCGGCGUGGCUGCAACUCGUGGCAAGAGCAUGCCUCCCACUCUGCAUGCAAAACGCCGAGUUGGCCAACAGGAUGCUCCCCAGACAACACAUUCGUCAAGUCCCUUUCUUGAUGAGUAUCGGAGAAACGGCGAUCUCCUCAAACGCAAGUCUUCUUCUGGUGGCUCUGUGGUGAAACGCAAACCUGGACCUGACUCCACGACGAACGAGCCAUCUCCUGUUCGGCAGUCGCCCUUGAAGCCUACUUCUUCUCCAAUCGCAAUGGUGCGUUACGUCCGGCCUGACAAUUACAACCUAUUGGUCUUCUUCAUCGGUCCGAGGAUGAAUACCGUGUCGUCCAAGGCGAUUAGCGGUGCGUGUUGGGAUGCUUUCAGUAAAGCGCCUCUUCAGACCCAUCGUUGGAGUGAAGGCAUCUGGUUCGUGCGGAUCAACGACGUGCAAGAUGUAUUCACCGAUCUAUGGACUGUCAAUGGCGACCAAUUCACGGCCACACCCACCAAUUCGGACCCUCACAACCUCUUUGUAGCGACUUACAUUGGCACCCAGAUCGACGGCGAUGUUCUGCAGAGGGUGGUUGAGGAUGCAGUCGCCGAAUGCCAUCCUGUGCGGUCUGGGGGAAGGAUUGUUCUGUACMGAACUCCUUAUGUGCAGGAUAAGAGGCAGAUUGUCUUCCUGCACCUCGCCAAGUCACCUGAGAAGUUCUUGCUGCAAGCCGUCGUGCCUGAUGUUUCUGGGAAAAGUCGAAGUCUCAUGUUCAAGCCGGCGAUCAAGGAUUGUCAAGCUCCGUGCUUUUAUUGCGAUCAGAUGCAUGAUGAGAUCGUUUGUCCCGGUGCUGACCAACUGUCUCGGUUUUCGGUGCCUUCGGCAAAGAAGCGGUAG